AUUCUAUUGGCCGGAGAGCCUUGCGGCCGGGAAGCUGAUUGGCUGACAGUUUUCUUUUGUUCACUAUCAGCGUGCAGCCGCAGGACAGCGGAAGUUUGAGUGUGAAGAUCCAGCUGGUCUCCCGGCUGCUCUCCCUGUCACUCACAGCCAGCACUCCCUCAGAGCCAGAGCCUCACCACACUCAGCCAGCAGGAGACAUGGACUUAGAAAACAAAGUAAAGAAGGUGAGUGUUCUAAUCCCACUUACUGCAAGGAGAGGGCACACCCUGUCCUGGGGCUGUGUGUAUGAUCUAUCCAUAUUCCUUUACACAGCAGUACUGAGCAUUCAUUAUCUCUGCUGGGAUCUGAUAUCAGGCUCACUUUCUCACUAUAGAUCUUAAAGGCAGCAAUUUAAGUGCUGGGAUAUAAUGUAUCUCUGCAAGGAGUUUUCAUUGAUUUAUUUAAAAACUGGGAUUUCUCCAGAAUUGAGAGUAAUCCAUAAGCUGAUUCUUCUAGAGUGCAAGCUCUUGUUCUAGCUGAUCCCCUUUGCAUCUGUCUGUCUACCUACCUUUAACAUGUGCUAAUGUCUUAUAUCUGUGUGUUUUAUAUUUUUGCCAACUUUCAAUAAGUUGCUACCCCACUAAAUUCUUAUUAUAGUACAACUUUCAUUAUGGGGUUUCAUGGCUAUGACCAGCAGAUAUUUUAUAGGAGUUGUAGUACAAAGCCAUCAAGGGUGCAGUUUGACUCCCCACUCCAACACUAUCAGUCUGAGCAGGGCCAGGGCUGUCUCCAGUUUAGUUGAUAUCAUUGUGUCUUUGUAUUUUACGUGCCCCGGAUAUUUUUACCCAUGCUGGAGCACUGCAGAAUAUGUUUGUGACUAAUAAAUAACUCCAAAGUACAAUCAAGAUUACACAGGGUUAAGUUUUCAGACAUGUCCUCAUCAGUGAUAGAGCUGUAGAUGGAGUGAGUCAUAUUCAGUUUUAUUACACUGUAACCAUGUAGCUUCCUGCCUAGUGCAUUUGAAAUUUGAUAACAAAACAGCACUGUUUGCUAACUCAGAAUGAGGUCUGUUGAACUCUGAAACAUUGCUUCUUAUCCUUAACACCAUACCACAAAUGACUGAUUUUGUUGUCAUGAACCCAAAUACCAACAUUUACUGUACAAUGCUACUAAUUUAUGGUUCAUCUGGUACUUGGGCACCUGUGGCCAUUUCAGCAUUACUGGUGGCAUCAUAAUUUGAACAAACAUGUUUCUUGAAUAUUAUGAGGCAUAUAUACUUGUAAAGUUGUAGGGACUAUAGGCCUUUAUUCUAUAGGAUAGUUUAAGCACCACAACUACUACAUCUUAACGCAGUGUUUUUGCUGCUUAAACAUUGUUAUCCGUUUUUCUUUGUUAACGUGAAACAUUGCCAUUUCUAAGAGACAGUAAUAUUUUACAUUGAUUGAAAGCACACCUCUGGUUAGUGGUAGACAUCCAGCCACAAGAGGUGCUUCCUGCUCCAGAUAAUUAAAUUUUUGAAGGAUUUCACAUUUGGCGUCAUUUCACACCGCGUGACGAAAAUUGUCUGAUGCAUCUCCUGCAUUUGUGGAUCAGGUCAAUUAUUGUGCAUGUGCUGCAGGGAGAAGAAAAUCUCUGCGCUGGGUUACAGGAAGGCUUAACUAAAUUAUACAACUUGUACGAUAUUAUUUAUAUAGCGCUAACAAAUUCUGCAGCGCUAUACACUAUAUAAUUGAUCGUAAAGUUAUAUGAAAUAUAGUAGCUCCAAAAACAAAUAAUUAUAUUUACCUUUCCAGUUCUACCAUUCUCAAAGGUCUGUAGUGGUUACAGUAUUGUAAAACUCACCUUUUUGGACCCACCUUCAUCUCACUUCUCUGCCUGGUAUCAUAACUCCAACAGGCUGGCUUCACUACCUGCACAAUAACAUCAUAAUAAGGUGACUCUGUCAUUCCAUUCACCUGAAGCCAACUUUCUGGAGGAAUUGCACUGAUAGAGAGUAGGAGAACCACAUGUGGGAGAAUUCUCUUAUUUUGCCAUUCUACUCAAUCCUCAGCAUGGGUGUAAAUACUGUGAAUUUCUUUACAGGUAGAAGAGCAAUCAUAUUUUACAAUUUUGACAUUCCCUCAUACUUUAGAAUUGUUCAGUAAAUGUAGGUCAAUGUCCCUCUAAGCAGUGCAUAUCAUGGUGUUGCCAGUGUGUCAAAGAGUUACACUGGCCAUCUGUAAUAUACACUGGCUGUGUUUUGGAAAAAUUAAGGGACACUUAUCAAAGCAAUCUGAAAAGUGGUGCAAAGUUCUAAAAGUGAGUCAAUCGCCAUGGAAACCACAGAUACAUUGCUUUAGUGAUUACGCUAUACAAAUCUGCACCACUUUUCAUGUAAUUCUGGCAAACUGAUGAAAAAUAUUCUCUUAUGUUGUUUCUGUGAAACCUUUGUAUAUGUAUCUUGACAAGUCUCUUAUCUUGAAUGCCUUCUUCCAGCAAUCAGUGCUGUGCUGAAAAAUCUGGUUAGAUCAAAUGUCCCAAAAACAUUGCUAAAGGGUACCUCUAAUGGUAAUGCAACUUUCUUACCCGAUGAACAUUGGCCAUGCUUUAUUGUACAGAUACAGCUGAUGUGUUACGGGAGCCCAGUAGGUUUGACAUCUUACUGUGGGUUGGCACCAUGAGACUAAGAACCAUCAGCACUAUAGCAAUCUGUAGUGGUUAUGGUGCCAGUAAAGCAUAGAGUAGUAGUCAAGGUGACUGACAAAUACAUUUAUUUUUAUUGUUGCUCUGUAUAAAUAUCUCCCUUGCAAGCCAAUGUUACAAAUCUUUUUUGCAAUUGAAUUUCAAAAUGGCUAUUGUGAAUCAUAUAACUUGUUAAAAUAAUGCGAUGACUGUGUGUCAUCAUAGACCUGACUACUUUGUCCCUGCCAAUAGAAAGCUGCUAUCUGCUUACUGGCACUGAGCCUAACCAGAAGAGUACGCGUCUUGAUCGCAUUUCUUUCUCAUGCACAAACUGCAGAUGACAUAAACCAGGACUGUGACCUACAAUCCCACCAUUAAUUCCAGUAUUCUCUAAUGACAUAUGAGCGCAAAUAAGCUCACAAGGUCUAAACACUGCCUUGUUUAUUAUCCAUUUUUCCAUAAGAGCUUAUCAGCACUUAAAAUGACUAAUAAUAUCUCAGAGAACUUCAUAUUUUAUCAAAAAAAUCUGAACUUCAACAAAAUAUUUAUUUCAAUAGAUGCCCUGUGGAUUAGAUUAGUUACUCUUGAUUUUAUACAAGUGUGAGUCCAAAAAGGCCAUGUUUUUGAACCAUUUGAUUCAUGUUUAAUAUGCCAUUGUAAAUAUUGACACUCUUAUUUUUUUUUACUAUUUUGAAGGCCAUAAUAUAUUACAUAUAACAUCGUAUUUUUAUAAGGCUUCCAUAAUUUAGAUUGAUUGUAAGUUUGUAAAACUAAGACGUAGGGAAUUACAAAUUUUAAGCUUAAAUAUUUAAAAUAUUUACGGUUUGACUGUUUGGGCUUCAAAUGAGCAAAUCCUUGUCAAUUCUUCAUAAUUUUAUUUAAAGUGAGUAAAACACAAUUUUUACUAAACAAGGCAAAAAGGUUUUGGGGUGCAGCUUUAUUAAAUGCAAGUGGGUGUGUUUUAUAAAGGUUAAGGGGGUAAUAUUAAUACUUUUUGAGCUAAGCUUUUCUUGUAUUCUGUGGCAUUUUAUUAUCAGAGAACAUAUUACAACAGCACAUUUUUGUUUGCCUGUUGUGUCCAUAAAUGGAAAUCCAAAUUGUAAUUUGCAUUGCAAUUUGACUAUUUCACUGUUAAUAUUUGGGAUCUAUUCAAUAAUAAUGGAAUCAUCCAAUAAACCCAUUAGCUCUGAAAGUUUAUUCCAAAAAGACGCACGUAAGUAGCACAGGCUCAUUGUUCCAGGCACAACUCCAGGUUUAUAUAUCAAGUUUCACAAGGCCUUUUAAAAAGAGUCGAUUAAGACUAGGGCUUUAUUAAUGGUCUGUGUCCGUGAGAGACGUAGAGUAGUUCAAACCGUGGACAGUAGGAUUUCUGGCCAGUGUAGUAAUCUAUGACAAUGGGUAACAAAGAGGCCAUUCAGGAUGAUUUGCAGUUAGUCUGAAUGAAGGAUCACUAAAACCUGACACAUCUCCAAAUCAGAAAUUCCCUGUGUGCACAAAGAUGGCUACUUUCCAAACAUGUCUGUGUUUCAAAGGUGGCUAGCUUAAACUUAACAAAACCUUCAAUAAUAGAAUGUGAGUUUUAAUGAGUUUCUUUGCAACUAUGGGGAUAACAAACCACCCAACAGAAUGUAGUAUACUCUGCUGAUCUAGGAAACAACUGGAAUAAAAACUCCAAUUUGAGUAUUUAGGAACUGCAAGUAUUUUGUAAAUUAUUUUUUCUAGAAUUUGAUUUAUAUAUAAUUUAGGUCCGUUUUAGUGAUCUUUGCAUAUUUUGCAAAGAGGGGGUUAAUCUCGGUUUAGGGCCCGAUGGUUGUGGGGUGAAGAUGUUUGUAGGUUUACUUUCCUGAAGCUAUACCUCAAUGCCGCAGCCAUCUUCAUCCUGAGGACCCUCUUCAAAUCCUGAUGCUUUAUCUGCCACAAAAGCAUGCAAAGCAUCAAGGGAAUUGUAGUUCUACAACAUCUGGGGAUCUACUUUUUGUGCACCCCUGCCCUUUAGCUUCCUGAAAAGCUUUGUGUGUUGAGUGUAAUAUUUUUUACAUUUUUCAAAAAGUAUCGAUUUCAAUACAAAUUGGCACUAUCGUAACCAUGGUGGUUCCCCUAUUAACCACUGUAAAGUCUUCAAGUAUAGAAUUUAGCAGGGCUUACCGUACAGUCAUCUGUAGUGAUAUUAAAUAGUUAGUAAGAGUUAUUCUACUUAAAAUGUAUAAAUAAUUUAGAAUACAAUAAAAAAUAGGGAUAGUCUUGGAAGCAAUAACAUUUUGUCUGUGAAAAUAUUUUAUUAAAAUGUAAAUAUAGACCUAAAAACAUAAUAAUCCAUUAUAAUAAUUUACAGCAGAGUUUAUAAGAUUAAAGUAUAUGCUUGCAAUAUCCAUAAAAUAGAAUAACAUACCCUCUUGAACAAGCCAAUCUCUGUCUUGAUAAAAUGGAGCAGCUAAUAUUAAAGGACCACUCUAGGCAUCCAGACCACUUCAGCUUAACGAACUGGUCUGGGUGCCAGGUACAGCUAGGGUUAACCCAUUUUUUCAUAAACAUAGCAGUUUCAGAGAAACUGCUAUGUUUAUGAAUGGGUUAAGCCUUCCCCUAUUUCCUCUAGUGGCUGUCUCAUUGACAGCCGCUAGAGGCGCUUGCGUGCUCCUCACUGUGAUUUUCACAGUGAGAGCACGCCAGCGUCCAUAGGAAAGCAUUGAGAAUGCUUUCCUAUGCGACCGGCUGAAUCCGCGCGCAGCCAGCCGACUGGGAGGAGAGGAGGAGGAUCGGAGGAGGAGAGCUCUCCGCCCAGCGCUGGAAAAAGGUAAGUUUUUACCCCUUUCCCCCUUCCAGAGCCGGGCGGGAGGGGGACCCUGAGGGUGGGGGCACCCUCAGGGCACUAAAGUGCCAGGAAAACGACUAUGUUUUCCUGGCACUAUAGUGGUCCUUUUAAGUACACAUAUUUUAUACUCUAGAUUUUCAAUUAGGUCAUGUUGGGGAAAAUAGAAAAACAAACCUAAUCUAUUUUAGCUUGAUUAUUCUAUGGCAUUGCCUUGACUUGGUCAUUUCACAUGGGAACAUCUUAAUCAGUCUAUUGUCAUGACUUAGACAUCUUAUCUAUGUUUGGACUAAAACUUAAGGUUGGACAUGACAUAGGUAAGGUCCUGAAAUGUGUCACACUAAGCUAGGAUAAGAUGGCAUCUUAAAGAGACAUUAUAGGCACCCAGACUACUUGGCUUAAUGAAGUGGUCUGGGUGUAGUGUCCCAGGCCCCUUAACCCUGGAAUUGUAAUUAUUGCAGUUUCUGAUAAAAUAAUUCCAUCUCUAGUGGCUGUUAGGCUGGAUGUCCUCACGUUAUGCAUGACUACAUCCAGCGUCACCCAAAACCACACGAGCAUAAUAUAAUGCUUUCCUAUGGAGGAAGUCCUAAUGUGAGUGCCACGCAUGCACAUUAUGUCCCCACUGCUGGCUAGGCGGCUCAGAAAUCAGUCGGAGGAAGAAUGGAGGCGGAGCCUGAACCUGCGCCGAACGUAAUCGGCAGUGGAAUCAGGAGGGGCUGCGAGGGAGUGGGUUAUUAUCGGAAGCUGUAGUGCUAGAAAAAUAAAUUUGAUUUCCUAGCAUUAUUGUUCCCUUUAAAGUCUAAACAUCAUAUUUACUGACUCUGGGUAAGUCAGUAUGUUCCAUUUCUAGCAACUUAGCAGUUUGCAAAAGCUCUUAAAAACAAAGUACACAGCUUAAGAAAUACAUUUCAUUCUAAAAACGUGUAAUAUUUGCAUAUGCCCAUAAUUUUUUUUUAAAAUAAAUUAACAUUGUUACAUACCUCUUCCUGUCAAUCAGACAGCAGGGAAUGUUUCAUCCUGGUUUGGUUAGCUCAGUGGAGCUAAACUCAAGAAGCAUCAAUUGCCCAGAGCACCUACCGGUUUAGCCAAGUUCUACUUUUAUAGGGUUUUUUUUCCCCCUUUUCUGUUAGCUUGGUGAUGACAAUCCAUUCCUUAACAUUGGUUCUGAUAUGAGUGAUGGACAUUUGUAGCAGACGCACCUCAUUUACAUUUUUAAUGACUGUGGCUGCCAAGGAAAGUGGUUCACGGAAUUCACUGAUGGUGCAAUUAAUGAAUCAUGCGUUUUUCUUUUACAACGUUUUCCUAUUUAGGAAAGCAGCAUAUCCACAGACAGCAUAUCCACAGUUACAUUCUAAUAUGCUUAUGCAUGCUAAUACAAAAAGGGGAAAACAAUGUUUCUGGUGGGCAUUUAUUUAUAUAAUAAAGUAUCUUUAAAUGUUUUUUCUUUUCUUUUUUUUUUUUUCACCCCCUGCCCCAAAAUAACUUGCUCUGACCCCUUAAAUUGUAUGUUUUCUCCAGUCACACACAAUAUGAGGUAGCGAAAUAUUGUGGUUUAUUUACCUAGGGAGCUUCCUGUUUCACUAGAAAAUGACUAUGAAUCACGGCAUGUUUAAACAAAGGGAAAGGCUACAUUCUAACAGAUGGAGGAACUUUGCAAUAUGCAUGUCUUUUGAGUCUCAUAUUCAUAUUCUGUUUUUGUUUUUUGUUUUUCUCCAUAUUUAAGUAUUUUAACUUAAAAAAAAAAAAAAAAAAAAAUUUGUUGGUUUUGCUAAAAAAAAAAGUUUUUUUUUUUUUUUCCAGCUUUCUGCAGGAUAUCUCCACCACUUAGUAAAACCUCCCCUGCUUACAAUGUGGUUUCCUUAUUGAAAUACCCGGAGUACAUGCUCAGUUUAGCCAUUCAAUGUUUGGUGUGCGCUGAGCUUUGGACAUGACUACCCCAUAGCCAAUCUCUGUACUCUUAUUAUCUGUCUUAUUUCACCUUGGCACAGCUUGAUAUACUAUGAUGAUCCUAAGAGGGCAGUCAAUGUCAAUUCCCUAUGGGGGAAUCCUAAUGCGAGCGCGACCAUUAGGUCUCCCUUGCUGCAGACGUCGGAGAGGGAGAAGCAUGGGCGGAGCUGAGACAGUGUCGAAGAACAUCGGCACUAGACCCGGCUAAGUGACAGAAGGGGUUAUUAAUCCCUUCUGCACCACAGGGGGGCCUUGACAGAGGGGAAGCUAUAGUGCCAGGAAGACGAGUUUGUUUUCCUGGCACUAUAGUUUCCCUUUAAUGAAGGGUUUUAUAGUUUAGUAGUUCAGAGGAAACCCAUUAUUCCCAGGGUUGUCAGCGAUAGUUAUCUGUAGUGUUAUCGUUGUCUGUUGAGACCAAUACUUGUUUAUCUCUUUGGUCCAUGCUCCUAAAACCACUUACCUGCUAGUAUUAUGAAGCAUACUAGGUUUUUCUCUGUAUCCCACUACCCACAAUCCACUUCAUCAGGGCCAGACUGGCCCACCGGGAUACGGGGAAAUUUCCCGGAGGGCCGCGGCACCUGCUCAAGCUCCUGUGAUCCCGGCCAGCCAUGUGUGAGCUGUGCCGGCCGGGAUCAUAAAAAAAUAAAAUAAAAACAUUUGUGGCGGAGCUAGCGUACGGCAGGGGCGGGGCUUAGCGUGGGGCGGGGGGCCUGGUUAAUGCAGCAUGGGAAGCAGGAAGGAGUCCCUGCUUCCCCAAGAUAUCUGUGUGACACUGUGUGUGUGUGACUGUCUGCCUGUAUAUAUGUGUGUGUGUGUGAUACUGUGUGCCUCUGUGUGUAUGUAUAUAUGACUGUCUGUGUGUUUGACACUGUCUGCCUCUGUGUGUAUGUAUGUAUGACUGUCUGCCUGUGUGUGUGUGUGUGUGUGACACUGUCUGUCUCUGUGUGUAUGUAUGACUGCCUGUGUGUGUGUGAGACACGGUGUGCCUCUGUGUGUAUGUAUGUGUGUGUGUGUGUGUGUGUGUGUGACACUGUCUGCCUCUGUGUGUGUGACACUGUCUGCCUCUGUGUGUGUGUGUGUGUGUGUGACUGUCUGCCUCUAAAAAUCUAUUGCAGCCCCAUAAGUCAUUGUGCUAUGUAGUGUGUGUUAUAUAACACACACACUACAUAGCAUACACACACACACACACACACACACACACAGUUGCAAGAAAAAGUAUGGAUUUCUGCACAAAUUAGUCAUAAAAUGUGAUCUGAUCAUCAUCAAGUCACAACAAUAGACAAUCACAGUCUGCUUAAACUAAUAACACACAAAGAAUGAAAUGUUGCCAUGUUUUUAUUGAACACUCCAUGUAAACUUUCACAGUGCAGGUGGAAAAAGUAUGUGAACCCCUAGACUAAUGACAUCUCCCAAGUGCUAAUUGGAGUGAGAUGUCAGCCAACUGGAGUCCAAUCAAUGAGAUGAGAUUGGAGGUGUUGGUUACAGCUGCCCUGCCCUAUAAAAACACACACACCAGUUCUGGGUUUGCUUUUCACAAGAAGCAUUGCCUGAUGUGAAUGAUGCCUCGCACAAAAGAGCUCUCAGAAGACCUGUGAUUAAGAAUUGUUGACUUGCAUAAAGCUUGAAAGGGUUAAAAAAGUAUCUCCAAAAGCCUUGCUGUUCAUCAGUCCACGGUAAGACAAAUGGUCUAUAAAUGGACAAAGUUCAGCACUGCUGCUACUCUCCCUAGGAGUGGCCGUCCUGUAAAGAUGACUGCAAGAGCACAGCACAGACUGCUCAAUGAGGUGAAGAAGAAUCCUAGAGUGUCAGCUAAAGACUUACAAAAGUCACUGGCAAAUGCUAACAUCCCUGUUAGCGAAUCUACAAUACAGGGAGUGCAGAAUUAUUAGGCAAAUUAGUAUUUUGACCACAUCAUCCUCUUUAUGCAUGUUGUCUUACUCCAAGCUGUAUAGGCUCGAAAGCCUACUACCAAUUAAGCAUAAUAGGUGAUGUGCAUCUCUGUAAUGAGAAGGGGUGUGGUCUAAUGACAUCAACACCCUAUAUCAGGUGUGCAUAAUUAUUGGGCAACUUCCUUUCCUUUGGCAAAAUGGGUCAAAAGAAGGACUUGACAGGCUCAGAAAAGUCAAAAAUAGUGAGAUAUCUUGCAGAGGGAUGCAGCACUCUUAAAAUUGCAAAGCUUCUAAAGCGUGAUCAUCGAACAAUCAAGCGUUUCAUUCAAAAUAGUCAACAGGGUCGCAAGAAGUGUGUGGAAAAACCAAGGCGCAAAAUAACUGCCCAUGAACUGAGAAAAGUCAAGCGUGCAGCUGCCGCGAUGCCACUUGCCACCAGUUUGGCCAUAUUUCAGAGCUGCAACAUCACUGGAGUGCCCAAAAGCACAAGGUGUGCAAUACUCAGAGACAUGGCCAAGGUAAGAAAGGCUGAAAGACGACCACCACUGAACAAGACACACAAGCUGAAACGUCAAGACUGGGCCAAGAAAUAUCUCAGGACUUAUUUUUCUAAGGUUUAUGGACUGAUGAAAUGAGAGUGAGUCUUGAUGGGCCAAAUGGAUGGGCCCGUGGCUGGAUUGGUAAAGGGCAGAGAGCUCCAGUCCGACUCAGACGCCAGCAAGGUGGAGGUUUGGGCUGGUAUCAUCAAAGAUGAGCUUGUGGGGCCUUUUCGGGUUGAGGAUGGAGUCAAGCUCAACUCCCAGUCCUACUGCCAGUUCCUGGAAGACACCUUCUUCAAGCAGUGGUACAGGAAGAAGUCUGCAUCCUUCAAGAAAAACAUGAUUUUCAUGCAGGACAAUGCUCCAUCACACCGUACAAGUACUCCACAGCAUGGCUGGCAAGAAAGGGUAUAAAAGAAGAAAAUCUAAUGACAUGGCCUCCUUGUUCACCUGAUCUGAACCCCAUUGAGAACCUGUGGUCCAUCAUCAAAUGUGAGAUUUAAAGGAGGGAAAACAGUACACCUCUCUGAACAGUGUCUGGGAGGCUGUGGUUGCUACUGCACGCAAUGUUGAUGGUGAACAGAUCAAAACACUGACAGAAUCCAUGGAUGGCAGGCUUUUGAGUGUCCUUGCAAAGAAAGGUGGCUAUAUUGGUCACUGAUUUGUUUUUGUUUUGUUUUUGAAUGUCAGAAAUGUAUUUGUGAAUGUUGAGAUAUUAUAUUGGUUUCACUGGUAAUAAUAAAUAAUUGAAAUGGGUAUAUAUUUGUUUUUUGUUAAGUUGCCUAAUAAUUAUGCACAGUAAUAGUCACCUGCACACACAGAUAUCCCCCUAACAUAGCUAAAACUAGAAACAAACUAAAAACUACUUCCAAAAAUAUUCAGCUUUGAUAUUAAUGAGUUUUUUGGGUUCAUUGAGAACAUGGUUGUUGUUCAAUAAUAAAAUUAAUCCUCAAAAAUACAACUUGCCUAAUAAUUCUGCACUCCCUGUACGUAAAACACUAAACAAGAAUGGAUUUCAUGGGAAGAUACCACAGAGGAAGCCACUGCUGUCCAAACAAAACAUUGCUGCACGUUUACAGUUUGAACAAGAGCACCUGGAUGUUCCACAGCAGUACUGGCAAAGUAUUCUGUGGACAGAUGAAACCAAAGUUGAGUUGUUUGGAAGAAACACACAACACUGGCACAGCACACCAACAUCAAAACCUCAUCCCAACUGUGAAGUAUGGUGGUGGGGGCAUCAUGGUUUUGGGUUGCUUUGCUGUGUCAGGGCCUGGACGGAUUGCUAUCAUGGAAGGAAAAAUGAAUUCCCAAGUUUAUCAAGACAUUUUGCAGGAGAACUUAAGGCCAUCUGUCUACCAGCUGAAGCUCAACAGAAGAUGGGUGUUGCAACAGGACAAUGACCCAAAGCAUAGAAGUAAAUAAACAGAAUGGCUUAAACAGAAGAAAAUAGGCCUUCUGAAGUGGCCCAGUCAGAGUCCAGACCUCAAGAAAGCGAUUCACACCAGACAUCCCAAGAAUAUUGCUGAACUGAAACAGUUCUGUAAAGAGGAAUGGUCAAGAAUUACUCCUGACCGUUGUGCACGUCUGAUCUGCAACUACAGGAAACGUUUGGUUGAAGUUAUUGUUGCCAAAGGAGGUUCAACCAGUUAUUAAAUCCAAGGGUUCACAUACAUUUUCCACCUGCACUGUGAAUGUUUACAUGGUGUGUUCAAUAAAAACAUGGCAACAUUUCAUUCUUUGUGUGUUAUUAGUUUAAGCAGACUGUGAUUGUCUAUUGUUGUGACUUGAUGAUGAUCAGAUCACAUUUUAUGACUAAUUUGUACAGAAAUCCAUACUUUUUCUUGCAACUGUGUGUGUAUGCUAUGUAGUGUGUGUGUUCUAUAACACACACUACAUAGCACAAUGACUUAUGGGGCUGCCAUAGAUUUUUUUUUUUUAAAUUUCAGGGCUGUUUCGUGUCCCCAAUCCGGCCCUGCACGUCAUCUGCAUCAUGGAAUGCUACAGGUGUAAUGUAUGCUUGUAUUGUUUUACUGUAUCAUUGCUUGAACAAUUCCUGAAUUUCAGCAGAGUUUCAAGUUGAUUUGCUAAAUGCCAUGACCAUAUUUGAAGAUGAUUUGAAAAUAUUUAAAUACAAUUUAAUUCCUGCAGAGUUUUUGUCUAUUCUCCACGUUCUCGAGCAAUUCAUUUUGUGAUAUUUCUCUGGUUAUUUCUAGUGGCUAGUCACACACAGAAAUAAAAACAAAUGCUAUACUUAAUGUAAAUGUUGUGUGUGCAUAGUCCGUUUAUCCAGCUAAACAGAUGUCCUUUUCUUUUUAAUGAAGAAUUAAAAAUGUGUUCCAUAUUUCUUGGUUAUAUGUAGUGAUGAUCACACUAAAUGUUCUUCUAAUAAGCAUGUCAAUAUUUUGAAGCUGGUUAAUUUUGAAAUAUGACUGUGUUUUUAUAUUUUUGGUUGACAGAUGACUUUAGGUCACGAGCAGGGAUCUGGAGCCCCAUGUUUAAAAUGCAAGGAUAAAUGCGAAGGAUUUGAACUGCACUUUUGGAGGUCAGUAAAAAAAAAAAAAAGAAUCCAUAUCUCCUAGCUUAUAUACCUGUCCAUGUCAGAACGUCUGAUAUCGAAAGAGGUGAGUCCAACACCAGGAGAUAACGACAAGAUAUAUUUCCUAAACUGUCGAGUUUACAAAAAUUGACACUUUAAUUUUAAAGGAACACUAGAGUCACCUAAAUAAGUUUAGCUUAAUGAAGCAGUUUUAGUGUAUAGAUUAUGCCUCUUAAAUUUUACUGCUCAAUUAUCUGCCAUUUAGGAGUUAAAUCCCUUUGUUUCUGUUUAUGCAGCCCUUGUCACACCUCCCCUGACUGAUUGCACAGCCUGCAUGAAAAAAAAACUGGUUUCACUUUCAGUCAUAUGUAAUUUACUUUAAACAAUUGUAUAUCUGUCUCUGUAAAUCGAACUUUAAUCACAUACAAGAGGCUCUUGCAGGGUCUAGCAAGCUAUUAACAUAGCAGGGGAUAAGAAAAUCUAAAUUAAACAGAACUUGUAAUAAAGAAAGGAUACACUUUAGAUGACUCUUUACAGGAAGUGUUUAGGAAGGCUGUGAAAGUCACAUGCAGGGAGGUGUGACUAGGGUUCAUAAACAAAGUUAUUUAACUCCUAAAUGGCAGAUAAUUUAGCAGUGAGGCUGGAGGGACAUGUUCUAUACACCAAAACUGCUUCAUUAAGCUAAAGUUGUUUUGGUGACUAUAAUGUCCCUUUAAGUAUGUGGCCAGUGAUGGACUAUUAUGAAACAUUUUAGAUGGUUUACUAAUAACAAUUUAUACAACUAAGAACAGUGUAGCUUAUUUACACAGACUGACUUCUAAACCCAUUUAUUGUAGUUCAAAGACACAUUACUGGGAGUAUUAUUGCUGUGGAGCUCUGUUGUACACUCAGACACACCAACAAUAUGGAGCUCCAAGAAAAGAGGGACAUUAGGAGAGAAAGGACACAGAGAUUUAAGCCCAAAAUAAGAACUGCCCAUCUGUAAAGUGGGACAUUAUCAAAGAACACAUGCAGAUUCCCAAUACUCUGAGGCUGUUUAAUUAUGUGCUUGCCCUGCACUUACCCUCAUUUAUCCUUAUACUGUUUAAGCAAGCCACUCUGUCCAAUAACGGGGAAGAUUGAUAGAUAAUUGAGUGACUUGACUGAACUAUAACUUAUAAAUCGUAAUAAAUACGAUGACUUUUUUUUAUACUUUUAGAAACUUGUCCUAUUCUUUUCCUUUAUUUAAAGAUGCACUCUAAGCAUCAUAACAUUUUCAGUUUGUUGUAGUGGUGUAAUGGUAAAUUAAGUAAUUUCUUUAUAUUUAUGAAGUUCUGAAUUGCAUAAAUAUAAAAUAAUACCACAAAUAAAAUAAUAAAAGGUAUACUGGUCAAUCACAUAAAUAUUAGUGAAUAUCUUGAAUGAACAGACAAGAGGCAAAGUUUUGAUGAAAGUAUAAACAAAACUUUACUGGGAAUACAAUUAUCAAGCACACAAAAAAGAAACAAAUACUUUAAAACCAUACACUGCUAUAAACAAUACAUUCAGGUAAGAAAUCUACUUAGCUCUAUUCAUGGAGAUUCAGCAGCUUACACAGGAUAAUUGAAUCAGCAUAACACACAGAACAAUGAGGUGAGUUCCUUGCCACAUGUUAAAUGGAUUUACAUGGGCACCUCUAAAGACACCUGGCUUCUUCCGACCCAGUCAUGAAACUGAGAACUCUAGUUUCUGGAAACCCCUUGAAUAACCUCCCAUCUAGUAUCCACCCACAGAGGUAACAUAACCAAUACCUAAUGGUCAUCUCUAGGAGGCGGAUACUACAUGUGGUCCUUUGUGAAAGGAAGUGACUUAAGAAUUCUCAAUACCUUCCUAAAGCACAUGUCUCAUUGACUAUGCGGCAGCCAUCUUUAUUCACUCGACGUCACAGUGCUCACUAGGCCACCUAUAGGUCACUUCCUCCCUAAAGCACAUGUCUCAUUAAAUAUGCAGCAGCCAUCUUCUUGCUCUUAAUGUCACAUAGCUCACUACACCCCCUAUAGGUAUCAUAAGUUAUUGCACAUGAAUGGGAACACAAUAAUAGAACAUUUAUCAUUGCCCAUAACCAAUACAAUCCACCUGUUGAUCCCAUUACAUGAGUAAUAACUAUAACUCAUAUAUUUCUCGGAUAGGUCUUACUUUCUUCAUAGCUUGCUUUCCCACACAUAUAAUACAAUUUACAAAAAAAUACAAUAUUAUACAUAAAACAACACCCACUACUACCCAUUGCAUUACUUUAAACCCUAAAUUACCCAACCACCCAAAAGGUCCACUAUCCGGUGGAUUCUGGAGCUUCUUCCUGGUAUCAUUUAUCUUUGAAAUAUCAUGUGUUAUUGCGCCAGAGUUAUUGACAAUAUACGAGCAGCACUCUGUCCCUACCAACGCACAAACGCCUCCUUUGGCGGCCAAGACAUAAUCUAAUGCUAGUCUAUUUUGCAACACCACUGCUCUCAUUUGUACCUGCUCUUGGGAUAGUUUGUUAAUAGCAUCCACGGCUGCAUCUAAAGCUUCAUCCACUAGCUUUUUUAAAGCUUCUAUUCGAGUUAAUGACCAAUAUACUCCCCAGCCGGGAAAUACAAUUCCAGAAUUAGCUUCAUGUUCUCCGAUAAAUGAACUCCACCGUUUAUUUCUAAUCAUGCCUUCUGGAAAGCUAUUUCUAUGCCUUAUGGCGGGGAUGAUUGAUCCAAUGUAACAUUCUCCUUCCCAUUGAGUAGGUAACCAUCUAUAGGCCCAAUUACCACACAGAAAAUACACACCUCUGGGAAGGACACUGUAACUAUUAUCUGGGGCCCCACUAAAACAAGUGUCCAGGAGUAUAGAAAUAAAGGGAAAGCUCAGUCUUUUUAUUGCACCAUGAGAGGUCAUACUUAUUACUCUCACCAUUGGGCUGGAGUCUUUGACAGUCAUUGCCCAAUGUUGUUCAUUACCAUAGCCCUUUACCCAGGCAGAUGUACAGUUAGAAUAUCCCAUUUUAGUGGCAUUGGCUCCAUUGUUAUGUGAACUGAUACAAAUAGCACCUUCCUGGGGGCGGUUUAUAAUAUGCAAUCUGUCCAAUGAUUGUGGCUUUCCUUCUUCUCGGUACCAGCCGAAUCCUGUAUUAUUAUAUUGUUUUAACUCCUCCAAUGUCCAUGGAACACCAACAUAUGGGUAACUGCUCUCCUCGCUGAAUGAUAUGGUCCCACAAAUCCAGCAAUCCGUGCUGUUUGACACUCUCGAAUAACUUGCUAAUAGAUUCAGGUAUGAGUUGGAGGACCAGGGAUCCGACUUGUCUAUAUAGCCACCAAUCUGUUGGAAGGAAAGAAAACAGGGUGAGUACCUCCACUUAGUAAUACAACUUUAGUGUCACCAGGUCCAUUGGACAGUAUUUCUCCCUUCUGUUUGACCUGCUCACCUGCUCGUGGUAGCACCCAUACUUUGGAACCUGUCUGUAAGGUAUUGCUUUCCUCCCAUGUCACUAAUACUUUCCGUGGGAUCCAAAUGGAAACCACGCCUAAUACAGUGUGUGAGAAAAUCUGGCCUGGACACCCCCUGGUAAAUCUGAUAACACAUUUACCAUCCCUGUGGUCAACCAUUUAUCAUCUCUUAGCUUCUCUGUUAGGGCAAAGGUCACUUCAGUCCCUUCUGGUAAUAUCCCACCCAUGGGAAGGAUGUAUGUCAUCCAUUCAUCACCCUGUACAAUCUCAACUAGGUUCUGGCUGACCACUUUAAAUUUGUUCUUCCCCACCUGUUGGGGGAAAGAUCCCUUGAACCUUAAUCGAACUGACACAGUUGGUGUCCCUACCUGUCCAGUCAAUCUUUCAUAAGGUGAAAACUGUCCUAUUGGUCUACUAUUUAGUAUCAUAACUGCCUGCGUGAUCACCCGGUCCCACCCCCUCAAUGUCCUACUUGGGGAUAGCUUCCGAAUCUGUUCUUUUAAAAGCCCAUUGCACCUUUCAAUCAACCCCGAAGCUUGAGGAUGAUAGGGGAUGUGGAAGAUCCACUUAAUCCCUGAGUCAUUUGCCCACUGCUGUACGAGCUGUCCAGUGAAGUGGGUUCCAUUGUCUGUCUGAAUCUCAGAUGGCAGUCCAUAAGCAAUCACAAGAGUCUGUAGCAUCUGAAGUGUUGAGGCCUGGUUCGCAUGUUUGCAGGGUAAUACUUUCAGAAUUCCGGAAAAGGUGUCUACAGCAGUACAACAAUACAUCAGCCCCCCUCUUCCUUUAGGCAUGGGACCAAUGUAGUCCAUCUGCCAGAUCUGUCCUGCUAUUGUUCCUUUAUUUAAAUGUCCACGGGCUUGCUUCGUGAGGGGCCAUUUCUUAACCUCAUUGCAGGUCUCACAUACUUCUUGAGCUUGGACAAUCAUCUGGAGAGUUAUUGGUAGUCCUCGGGCUCGCGCCCACUCUAGCGUAGCUGCUUUUCCUCUAUGACCCACGGUCUCAUGGGCCCAGUCUGCUAUCCUAAGUAAUACUGGAUCAACAGGUUCUGGUGUUAUUUUUGCUUCUCGUAUUCGGGUCAAUUCAUCGGCUAUCUUAUUCGGGUUCUCUUCUCCAGUACUGUCUUUCACAUGGGCAUUAACAUGUCCGAGGUGUAUUAAUCUUGAUUGGGCUGUUUUCCAUAUAUUUUCCCAUAAAUCUUCUCCUCCCCAUACUGUCUUGCCAUGUAUUUGCCACCUGUUGUUUCUCCAUGUAGGCAUCCAUGUAACACAAGCCUUGUACACAGCCCAGCUAUCUGUAUAGAUGUAGAGCUCUGGAUCUGUGGUUUCUUCCAUCAGUAUGACUAUGGCAGUCAAUUCAGCAUAUUGACUAGAUCCUCCUAUUCCCUUCUCUUGAAUCACAAUUUGUUGCUGAGGGUUGUAAGCUACUGCAGUCCAAUGUCGUCCUUUGUGGGUCAUGAUUGCAGACCCAUCUGUGAACCAUGCGUUUUUCUUUUGUUCUUCACCCAGUUCUCUGAAUGAAGGAGCUGUCUUGAUGGGUGAGGGCUGUAAAAUUGGGACUUCUUGUACAUUGGGAUGUGAAAGUGUAUCAUAUGUCACUAACCCAGUAAGGAGUUUGGUCAGUUCCUUCACUUCACCUGCUUGGAUCCCUCCUCUUUCCUGCAGGUACCACUUCCAUUUUAAUAAUGUCUGACUUUGUGCCACUGUUGUCUUUGCAGAUAAUCCUUCAUCUCGUACCCAUCCUGCUAUUGGUAAAUCUGUUUUCACUGAUACUAUGCUUUUCUCAGUCAUUGUCUCCACAUGCUGCAGUGCGAGGUAUGCUGCCAGAAGAUUCUUCUCCAAAGGUGUGUACCUUUGCUGAGCCCCAGUCAAUUGCUUGGACCAAAACCCAAUUGGUACUGCCCGCUUGCCUUUGUCUUCGCUCGGUUGCCAUAGUCCCCAUGAUGCUACGUUGUCGUUCACCAUCACAUCCAAUAUGAACGGAGCUCCAAUUUGAAUCGGGCCCAAGCCCUGAUGCUGUAAUACUGCUUCCUUUGCUGCUUGGAAUGCUGUAGCUUGAUCAAUUCCCCAUACAAAUGCUGAUUUCUUUCUUGUAACAUUGUAUAUGGGGCGUAGCAGCAAUCCUAGAUGCGGUAUAAAUGCUCUCCAGUAACCAACUGCACCUAAAAACUUUUGGGCUUCUGUUAACGUCUUAGGUUCUGGAGAAUUCUGGAUUGUAUCCAGCACAGGCUGAGGUAUCUUCCGAACAGGCCCAGACCACAUCAUUCCUAGGAAUUUAACUUCUUGGGUUGGACCUUGAAUUUUGUCUUUAUUUAUUGCCCAUCCCCGUCCAGUCAUGUAAUUCACUAGAACAGGUAAUGCUUCUUUCACUUCCUCUUUAGAUCCCGAGAUCAUGAUGUCAUCAAUGUAGUGAAACACUGGAAGAUGUAGAGUGAGGUGGCUUAAAUCCCGUGCAACUAGUCCAUGGCAAAUCGUAGGUGAGUGUAUAUAUCCCUGGGGCAAAACUUGGAAGGUAUAUUGGCGUCCUUCCCAAGUGAAAGCAAAUUGAUCUUGCGACUCAGGUGCAAUAGGAAUUGAAAAGAACGCAUUAGCUAAAUCUAUUACCGCAUGCCACUCCCCGGCCUGUUUGGCAAUGUUUCCCACAAUGGUGAUAAUAUCAGGGACAGCAGCACUCAAUGGUGGUGCUACCUUGUUGAGUCCCCGGUAAUCCACCGUCAUUCGCCAUGAGCCAUCCAUCUUCUUUACAGGGAAUACUGGAGCAUUGAACGGACUGACAGCUGGACGAAUUACACCUGACUGUAAAAGCUUGUCGAUAGUUUCACUAAUUUCUCGACAUCCUCCGGGCAAACGGUAUUGCUUCAGUCUUACCGGGUUGCACGGAGGAGGAACAAUGACAGGUGUCCAAUUUGCAUUCCCUCGCACAAUGUCUUUUACUGGUCUGAGAUAGUAUGGCUUAUGAGGGAAUCCAAACGUGAACACCCCCCACUGUGUCUCAAUACUCUGCCCUAGUAACACAUCUAUUCCCAAGAUAUUGUCUGGCAAUUCUGAAAUCAAAACUUUAGCACUGAAUCUUGGUCCUUUGUUAAUUGACAUAGCCACAACAGUUUGUACUGCUUUGGUAAUUCUACCUCCUAAACCUUCUAUUCUCACACAGGGUCCUGAUAGCCUUGAUGGAUUACCAUGCAGUACUGUGACUUCUGCUCCUGUGUCAACUAAAGCUAAAAUCUUUGUUGGUCCUGGUCUUGUCCCCCACCACACAGUCAAAGGUACAUAAGGGCGUCGGUCCCCGGCGGUUAAAGGGGACACAUGUACCGCCGGAGGCCCACCAUUCUGUCAUUGUACAACAGCACUGUCCCAAUCCAUCAAAUCAUGUGUCAUCAGAUCUUUUACAGGAUACAAGGAUCUGACUUUACCAUCACUCUCUGGCAGUGCUUGUUUCUCACUAGAUGUAGUAUGAGAGUAAGUCCUAGCACAAUAUUCUGUUGGAAACAGUGAAGACAUAUGUGGGUAUGAAUGUGGGGGGGUGUUAUCUUGGGCUUGAAGUGAGGGUGGGGGCACAGCAUAAGGAGCACAAUGUUGGAAUAGAGGUAUGGACAGAGGAGCUGUGUCUGUAGGCAUGAGAGGAGUGUUUUUUAAAUAACUAGGGGGAGGAGACUUUGGGACAAAUGGGGCAGAGGGCAUGGUAUUGUCUGCCUGAUCCUUGCAUGCCAAAUGUACCUGUACCUUUUUAUUAGACCCUUUUUUUAGAUUUAACCAUUUUUCAAACAUGGCAGGUGUUGAAAUUCCAUUAAUUUGUUCUCUAGGUACACCAGCCUCAAUCAAAUCAUUCCACAUUUGAAAACGAUUAACUCUCAGCCUUGUUUUAUUCCUAAACUUUCCCUGCUUUUCUCCCUCUAUUGGUUCCACCAUCUCCUCCCUCGUCCUGUUAGCGGCAAACACACCUUUCCUAGGGUUAGAUUCUGACUCUAAUUCUCCAAUUUCAGCUAAAUAAGUGGUGAGCUGAUGUACCUUUACAUUAUUCCCCAAACUGCCCAGCAAAGACAAUAAAGAUGCCUUCAUUUCCUGGGGUGCACUUUUUAAAAACCGAGACCGCAUGCUGGCUGUGAAUUCCUCCAUGUCUGGACCUUCCCAGUUAUCCUUGUUUAAUCCCACCACACAACCCAUAACUCUAAUGCGGGUAAUAGCAUCCCUCGGUUUUGACCAGGGUGAAAUGGGCUCAAUGUCAUUGCUAGAUGGGAAGGCCACAAUUAUGGCAUGCCGCACCAUAUCAAAUAAUGAAAAAUUACCUCCAAUCUCCCUCACCCUCCGUAAUACCUGCAUGAGCUGUGGAUGCAGCGUCAGCUGCCCCAUACAUAAUGCUUCCCUUGCAUUCAACUGCACACUGUCAGCUCCUCCAUCCCACAUGCGCAAUAACCAUUCUCCCACAUUUUCACCAACUUCAUGCUUAUACACCUUUGCCAGCUCCAUGAGCUCUGUUUGUGUGUAACUUUUUACCACUUCAUUCAUCUCUUCAUGUACACCAUUUCUCAAACCACGCGCUCUAUCUUGUAGUGUCCUUUUCCGCUGCUGUGUAAUGAUAGGACGGGCUUGUCGCCUGUCCACAUCAUUAUCAUCAUCAGAAAAGGAUACAUACUCAUCAUCAGAUGACUGUAGCGGUGCUUCAGGAUCCCAUAUGGGGUUUGCAACCAUUGCUCGCACUUUACUUACAGGCACUGGCUUUUUUCCUUUCUGUGACCUCCUGCGGUUAAUCUUGCUUACCACUAAAGUAGUACAUUUUUCUUCUAGGGCAGCCACCUGGCAUGCAUUACUACGCAUACAUUCUUUAGUCAUAACUAAUAAAUCUUUUACAUCCUGCAACUCUUUCUCGAGCGCUUUAUUUCUCUGCACCUCGCGGCUAAGGGCCUGCACAACUAUCCACCCUGUGGUGGCAGCGGCUUUCCGCACUUUUUUGGAGUAUACUCCCAGGUCUAACCGUAAUGCUUGAGCACCAAGUUCAGUACCAGCAUCAGGAUAGACAGGAGCUGCAUACUUGAUCAGCUCCUCAGCAAUGGGUUUCCAGUUUUCUAAACUGGCCCACAAUGGAAUUGUCCCAUACUUAGACGCCUCCUUCCCUCCUGCUCUAUUACUUUUUUUAAACAGAGUAAGCAUCUUUACUCUCAGGGGGAACACAAAAAUGCAAAUAUACCAAUCAAAGACAAUGCUUGUUAACUAUAUCUCUUUUCACUGUGCAACGUGACUGUGCUAUAGGCUUAUUCAAUCUAUAUACACAUUCAAAUAUUCUAUAUUUAGUGAUUGUGCAGUAUCCUGUUCACAGCGCCAGUUGUAAUGGUAAAUUAAGUAAUUUCUUUAUAUUUAUGAAGUUCUGAAUUGCAUAAAUAUAAAAUAAUACCACAAAUAAAAUAAUAAAAGGUAUACUGGUCAAUCACAUAAAUAUUAGUGAAUAUCUUGAAUGAACAGACAAGAGGCAAAGUUUUGAUGAAAGUAUAAACAAAACUUUACUGGGAAUACAAUUAUCAAGCACACAAAAAAGAAACAAAUACUUUAAAAACAUACACUGCUAUAAACAAUACAUUCAGGUAAGAAAUCUACUUAGCUCUAUUCAUGGAGAUUCAGCAGCUUACACAGGAUAAUUGAAUCAGCAUAACACACAGAACAAUGAGGUGAGUUCCUUGCCACAUGUUAAAUGGAUUUACAUGGGCACCUCUAAAGACACCUGGCUUCUUCCGACCCAGUCAUGAAACUGAAACUCUAGUUUCUGGAAACCCCUUGAAUAACCUCCCAUCUAGUAUCCACCCACAGAGGUAACAUAACCAAUACCUAAUGGUCAUCUCUAGGAGGCGGAUACUACAUGUGGUCCUUUGUGAAAGGAAGUGACUUAAGAAUUCUCAAUACCUUCCUAAAGCACAUGUCUCAUUGACUAUGCGGCAGCCAUCUUUAUUCACUCGACGUCACAGUGCUCACUAGGCCACCUAUAGGUCACUUCCUCCCUAAAGCACAUGUCUCAUUAAAUAUGCAGCAGCCAUCUUCUUGCUCUUAAUGUCACAUAGCUCACUACACCCCCUAUAGGUAUCAUAAGUUAUUGCACAUGAAUGGGAACACAAUAAUAGAACAUUUAUCAUUGCCCAUAACCAAUACAAGUGGUUAUGGUGCUUUGAGCUUUUGGGUGAGUUCCCUUUGGUUUUCUGUCAAAUGGUAUUCAAGCAAAUUAUCAAACAAUAGGACUUUUCCCAAAAACAUCUUCUUCCUGUUAUACAACCAACUAAACAAAUCGACCACAUUAGAACACGACCCUUAUUACAGCAUGGCAAACUGUUCUAGGUAAAACCUUUGACAAGGAUCGCUGGUGCAAAGCUUUCACAGCCGACAAGUGGAGAACAAGCUGCCUCUCUCACCUAGAAUUAAUGAGGAAACUGCGAUAUAGGUGGCACAUGGUUCCCGAGAGACUAUCUUGCAUCUACCCUGUCAAAAACAAUGUUGGAGGUGUCAGCGAGGGAUGGGAACAAUGCUCCACAUAUGGUCUACAUGUACCACAAUACACCCUUACUAGGAUAUGGUGGAAAAGGAGGUGACCGGGGCUCUUGGGAUCUACAUCACUCUCACACCUGAAUUAUGCCUGCUACGAAGCCAAAUCUCGCUAAACUUAGACUAUGAAGCUCUAACAGUCACCCAAGCACAAUAUAAAAAGCACAUCAGGGAAGCUAGGGCCAACAACUUGAAAAGGGAACAUACUCCUAAUGAGUAGGGAUGAACCAGUGGGGUGGAGGGAAGUAGAGAAAGAAAAACAGGUGGUGAAAAAAAAAAUCCUUAACUAUGGUGAGGUGAUAAUAGCGAUACUAGGGCACUCAAAGUGAACCUACCUCUCUACCACAGAGAGGAUUAUUGCCAGCUCCUAAAUGGUUAUGGUAUAUAUGGAUAGGGCUGCAUAAACAAAGUGAUUUGGAGCAGUGAAACUGGAGGGACACGAACUAUAUACCAAAACUGCUUUAUUAAAAGCAUAAAUGUUAUUUUGAUGCUGGAUGAAUUUUUUAUAUAUAUAUAUAUAUAUAUAUAUAUAUAUAUAUAUAUAAUCUCUAUAUCAUACACAAACAUUCAGGAUGUAUUGCAAAGGGUCAAAUAGCCACGGGAAGAAGUAAAAAAGACAUCAUACAAUUCCUGCAAAGAUCUAAAUUCUGAAAGUAGGAGAACAUUCACUCUCAGUUUUUGUUUUGUUUUUUGUUUGUUUUUUAAGUGACCAUGCAUCACUUGGCAAUUUGUUUUAGACCUGCAAACUCAAAUAAAGCAAGAAAAACACAGAGCAAGUUUAUUGUACACUUUUAUAAACGUAUAUUACAUACUUUUCAGUUUGCAUUGAUGAGCACGCCUCACAGCUUGGGGAGUUUCUUCAGCUCUCCCCGCUCCCUUCAUCUUACCCCCCCACUAAUUCAGUCCAGACUAGUCCAUCAAUGAUAGAAAUAGGACAUCAUUGUGAAGCAACAGCAAGCUCCCCAUUUCCCCUGCACUGGCUAACGUAGCAGGGAGAAAGAAAUCCGAUACCGGAGCCUGCACUGCAUUAAUCACACUGAUCGGACUCCCUCUCUCCUUCCCCUCUCAGGGUGUUGCAAGGUUUACAGAUCUUCCAACUGCAUAUGUGUAAAUCUGUCAAGCAUGCCCAAUGCACGUUUCCAGCAUUCCAAGGGAUAGGAAAUGGAUUGGUUAGGUCAGUGCCUCUCCCAGGCGAGUGUGUGGAAAGCGUAUACAAAGCUGUUAAAUAUGAAAAGCAUUCAAAGGUCUUAUUUAACAUAGAAACAUAGAAUGUGACGGCAGAUAAGAACCAUUCGGCCCAUCUAGUCUGCCCAAUUUUCUAAAUACUUUCAUUAGUCCCUGGCCUUAUCUUGUAGUUAGGAUAGCCUUAUGCCUAUCCCACGCAUGCUUAAACUCCUUUACUGUGUUAACCUCUACCACUUCAGCUGGAAGGCUAUUCCAUGCAUCCACUACCCUCUCAGUAAAGUAAUACUUCCUGAUAUUAUUUUUAAACCUUUGUCCCUCUAAUUUAAGACUAUGUCCUCUUGUUCUGGUAGUUUUUCUUCUUUUAAAUAUAGUCUCCUCCUUUACUGUGUUGAUUCCCUUUAUGUAUUUAAAUGUUUCUAUCAUAUCCCCCCGUCUCGUCUUUCCUCCAAGCUAUACAUGUUAAGAUCCUUUAACCUUUUAACCAAACGCUUUUGAAUGCAACAGUUGUCAAUCUCAAUGCAUGUCCCCUUAAAUGAAUGACCAGUCUGCCCUUAGUUAUAAAGGUUUAUUUAAGUAAUCCUUACGCAGAUUAUACUAAAGUUAGUAGAUAUAUUGCUCAAAACUGGCACAUAUGUUUUAAGGAACAUACAGUUGCAUAACACUUUGUGUGUUCUAAGUUAUUCACUAAACCGUGUAUAGUAGGGAAAACCAAACUGCAAAAUCUAGAGUAGAGCAGCAGACCAAAGAAAAGUUGGAGAGUUAUUCCAAACUAGGGAUCGACCGAUCCCUAUUUAGAGCCGAUACUCUGAACUUUCAGGCUGAUAGCCGAUAACUUACCGAUAUUCUGUACAUUUACCAUUUUGAAAAACUAACCUAUUUCUAAAGGUAAAUGCACAAAAUAUACAUGCCACAUGUAGUGGAUGCAGUGUGUUUAGACAGGGGAGCUGUGUGUGUUUGUGUAGUGGAUGCAGUGUGUAUUUGUGUAGUGUGUGUGUGUGUGUAUAAUAAAUGCAGAGUGUGUUUGUGUAGUGUGUGUAGUGAAUGCAGUGUGUGUGUGUGUGUAAUAUAUAUUGAAUGUAGAGUGUGUGUGUGUAAAGUGAAUGCAGUGUGCGUAUAGUGAAUGCAGUGUGUCUGUGUAGUGUGUGUGUGUGUGUGUGUAUAUAUAUAUAUAAUGAAUGCAGAGUGUGUGUGUGUUUUUGUGUAGUGUGUGUUUGUGUGUAUAUAAUGCAGAGUGUGUGUUUCUUUCCCCCCAGGUUUUUUUUAUUCUCCAUGUCUCUGGAAUCCACUUGAAAUCUAGUGUCAUGUCUGUCUCCUCAGUGCAGCCACUCCAACACUGGUCAGAUCAUCCGAAAUGAUGACUUUUUUUUUUUUUUUUUUUUCAAAUCUAACGCAUCUCAUAUGGAAGUAUUUGGGGUAAAGUGAGCAUGCGCUGUGCUCCACAAAUAAAAUGCUUCAUAGAGAAGCAUUGGAUGUGUUGGGGCAUCAUCAUAGCAUGAUGACUGCAAAUCUGAAGACUUUUUAGGAUAAAAAAAAGACCAUAUAUGCACCAAAACUACUUUAUUAAGAUGGAGUGGUUAUGAUGCAUAGAGCAUACCGUAAGUAUUUUUUUUUUCUUCUCUUUUCCCCCAUGUCCACUUCUACACCCUAUCCUUCUUUUCUUGCACCGUCUAACCUUUUGUCCAUCAUCCUGUUUGUUGUCCAUUAUCAUUUUGACUAUGCUUGUUAAACCUACAGAAUGGCUCUAUGUUCAAGCAUAGUAAAUCUGUAAUAUGCCCAAUCAUUUUUAUUUAUUUUAUUUUUAACCCUAAAUCUCUAGGAAAAUUUGCAGAAACUGCAAAUGUGGGGAAGAAGAGCAUGAUGUUCUUUCCAAUAACGAAGAUGACCGGAAAGUGGGUAAACUGUUUGAAGACACAAAAUAUACUACUCUAAUAGCCAAGCUAAAAACCGAUGGAAUUCCCACUUAUAAAAGGAAUGUGAUGAUUCUUACCAAUCCGGUCUCAGCAAAGAAGGAUGUAUCUAUCAAAACAGUAACUUACGAAUGGGCUCCUCCAGUGCAAAACCAGACCUUGGUAAGAACGAUACUUAACGCAACAGUGACAUUUAUGAAUAUAAGGAUAUAUUUUUUGAUAAAUUGAUAAAUUUGGUGUGUUUUUUUUUUUUUGUUUUUUUUUGUUAUAUGGUUCUGCUGCUUGUUACUAAACCUUGAUUGCUUUGAUUGUUUAAUAACAUAUUUCAUUCCAGUUACAAAUCACCCCGCUAUCCCAAGUUCAGCAUAACAGUCAGGUUCCUGUUGAGCUGUCCAUCAGUUAUGUCUCCAUUCAGCACAACAUGAACAUAUCUUUAGACGUACUCCUCCUUUGCAAAGUGAUCUAUCCACUCUUACUCUUCAAAACCUGGUCUGCCACGUGGACAUGCUCCUUUUUGGGUAAAACUGCCCAUUUCUGAGACUCCAUUCUGACUCCAUACAUCUUAUAGUUGGAAGUUAUGCAGUUACACUGUGUAUACAUCUUGUAAAUGUAUACUCUAUUUCUUGGACUACUUAAAUCUAUAUACAAAUGUGCAUACAUAAAAUGUACCUGUCUUGGUAUGCACAAUGUGAACUUAAAUGCAGUUGACAAUAGCUGUAUACUGAGAUGGCCACUAUGUAAGCUUAUUUCAACAUAUUCCCAACGGCUGUAAAUCAGUUGUUGAUAUAGAUGUCCGUGUUGACAACUGAGUGACGAGGAGAGCAUGAAUCUUUCUACAGAUGAAGGUCUACUGCUGUCCAUCACAGGAACUACAGUGCAUGUGCUGUAGCUGCUUUAGUAUCCCUCUAGGAAGUGCACCAUGAUAUUGCUGGGGAAAUGAAGGAACAGAGUGACGACUCUGUUCUGAUGCCAAGAUUGUCCUUGUGGAAGUGUUCCAUUGCUGGGCCAAUUCUGUCAGAUUGGGGUGAAAGCUAGACCGUGCAGAAGGUUGGGUAAUCUAUUAGGGACCUCUAAUCAUGGUUGGUUAUAACAUUUCACUUUCAAAGCAUUUAAAUAUGUAAUUUACCACUCUUAUGACAGCUCACUUUUAAAAUUGUCUUCUCGUUCCUGGUGUGGGUUGUAUGCAUGUACCGUCAAAAUGUUCCAUGCUGUCUGGCACCACAUACAUUGUAUUGUGUGAGGGCAUAGUUUUUAUUAAUAUCAGUUUACUAGUGGCAUGUGACCCCCUGAAGGCAUAAUGCACUUAUAGUUAUGACAUCUGUGCAUCAAAAAAUAUAUACUGUGUUUUAUAUAAAUACACAUGUGCAAGAGUACACCACUAAGGCUACUAGGGGCUAGAGAUGGAGACACAAAGAUGAAAAACCUUUAGGGAAGCAUUUCUGGCUAUCCACACCCAGCAAACGUCAUCUUUGACAAGUAAAAAUGCCAAUCCCUCUACAUAAUUCCUAGAAACCUGUCUAGGAGAAGACAUCAGAGCUCUUUGUAAGAAGAAUAGACUUAAGAAUUCUUGAAGUUCUUUUAAACCCUGCAUCCUACAGAAAACACAGAGCUAAUUGUGUAACAAAUUAAAUGUGAAAAUGUAACAAACACUGCUAAUAACUUUUAACCAUAAUUGGUAAAUCUCUCCUAGAUAGUGUUCAUUAAGCAAUACCUAGAUGAGAUCAGUUAUGUAAUGUGCGCAUGAUAUAAAAUAUGAAGCCAAGAACAGGCCUGAUUGUGCUUUGAGAAGAGAAAAAGGAUAUUCUUUAAUAAAUAGGGAAGUGUACAAGUCUGCUCAGAUCUCACCUUAAAGGAAUGCUUGAAUUGUGAAUGUGACUUAAAGGUGGCUUGAUAAGUGGGGCAGGGAAAGGGUGUAGUGGUUGUGUUAAAUUUUUGGCUUUAGUGGGGUAUUAGGGGCUUUAGUUGGAGUAUAGUGAUGUGAUGGGAGAACAGGGGCUCUAGUGAGGAGAUAGGCACUAUUGUGGGGUGGUGAAAGGGGUGACUGGGGCUGUAGUGGGAGGAUAGAGACGAUGAAGGGGAUGAAAGGUACUACUGUGGGGACAGUAAGUGUAGUGGGGUGAAGGGGCUGUAGCAGGAGUAUAGUGAGGUUAUGGGGACUGUAGUGGAAGGAUAGGGAAUAUUGUGGGGUGGAUAUCGGAUAUAGUGGUGUGACAUGGGCUUUAGUGGGUUGGCAGGGGCUGAAGUGAAGGGUAGUGGCUGUAGAGAGUAUGACGAGGAGCAUAGGUGUGAUGGAGCACCUCUACUCUGACAGAGUACCACCACCCAAUCCGCUUCCUAUGGGGAGGGAGCCUGGAACGCUUAGCCAAGGCUUGACUGUGGUCUGUCUGUGUCCUGGGUGGAUGUUUAGGGAUCCCAGGAACAAUUUCCAAAAGGAACUAAAAUACAAUACUUUAUUUUACUUGGGAAUAGCCCAUAUGUUCGUUACAUAAACCUUGCUGUGACAAACUCAAUAAAAUACAAAUAGCCAAAACAUUUUAAAAAAUAUACAGGGAAUUAUAAUAACCUAAGAACAUGUUUCUAAAAGGGUGGGGAAGACAAUAUUUAACAUAAAAUCUCUCUCUUGCUUGCAGAAUUAGCAAGAUGCAAAUUAGCAAGCCUUGCUAUUAAGGUAGUGCAUAUAGCUGUUACUACCAACAGAGGGCGCUAUACAGUCUCCAUAGCCAAAUCCACUUAGUUGGUAACAAGCAUCAGCAGGAGAGGAGAGAGCAUAAAACAAAUAACAAUAUGCAAACACAUGAUAAAGACUGCACCUAUAAUGGGCAGCAGGUGACUUAGACAUAGGAGCAAUUUAGGAACCUUUGUAAAAUGUCCUUCUGCUCCCAGUGAUGGUGACUACCAUCACAAUAGGAUCACCCCACUAUAGACCCUAUAGGUCUGUAGUGGUUGGUAGGGAAUUCAUUUAGUGCUCUAUUUAUGAGAAAAAAUAUAUUGGAUUUUUUUUUUUUUUUCCUAUGCUGACUGGGUUGUGCAAAGAAGCCUAUUAUUAUAUUGAUUAACAGGGAGCUAAGUGAGCACCCAGUGGCAGAGGUGUAACGUUUACAUUUAAUUUGAUUGUACACACCUCACAAAUACAUAUUUGUUAAAUAAAGAGAUAUGUGUAAACCUAAUUUUAAAAUCCUAGUAAGUUGAUUCCCAUUUGAUAAGAGAUCUGAAUAAAUUAAUUUGUAAAAAAACAAUUUCAUAACUGAAAUUGAGGUAGUGCGAUACUGAGGUAUGUUCAAAGUCGCAUUGCUCAAACUUGCGUCUUAGACAUUUUUUAUAUUGUAUACAAUGAAUUGAGCUGUAGUUUGAAAAUUAUAUUUUGUAUAUAGUUCCAUUAUUUGCUUCUAUAAUAGUGUUUGUGCAGGAAUUAAUAUGCAUCCCACACAUAUCCAUUGUGGGAUAACACGGACUGCAAGUUGUAUUAAAUGGAUAUCAUACCUAGCUGUCUAGUACAUGACCCAAAGAGAGAGGAAAUGGGGAUUCCCCAAGCUUUCCAUCUCACAAAGGCAAGCGUCUGUUUUUGGAUGUACAAAGUGAGACUCGUAUGGUUGGUUUAUUCUCCACCUUUUACUGUCUGUGUUUUUUUUUUUUUUUUGGUGGUUUUUUUUUGUGGUGUUCUGUUUUUAUCGGUGUGUUGUUUGUUUGGUGGUUUUUUUUUGUUUGUUUUUUUUUUAGUUUCUGAUUUUAUUCCUGUCUAUUUGUUACAUUAGGCCAGGCGCUAUAUGGAAAUGAUCCCGAAAGAGAAGCAGCCGGUGGCAGGUUCAGAAGGUGCUCAGUACAGGAAGAAACAGCUGGCUAAACAGCUGCCUGCUCACGAUCAAGAUCCUUCCAAGUGCCAUGAAUUGUCUCCAAAUGAGGUCAAGCAAAUGGAACAGUUUGUGAAGAAAUAUAAAAAUGACGUUCUUGGCGUGGGAGAUGUGAAGUUGCCCAAAGAAGUGGAGGCGCAAGCUGCAGGAAAAAGUCCCACUGAUGGGGACCGGAGCUCUGUUACAACGGUUAGGAGUCCCGAGAGCAAGGCAGCAGCUCAGAAACCGUCCAACUUUGUAAGUUAUUGUAAUUUAAUUCAAUGAUGGGAUUUGCAUGCUACCAUUCCAAAAAUUCUAGUACAGACAGAUGAUAAAUUGCAGAGUUGUGCAGUAUUUUCAUUUUGAUAUAAAUAAGUGGAGCCUAAACAUUGUCUAAAAUAAAUGAUCAGCAACACAAACAAUCAGCAGUUUUAUGACCACAAAAUUAAUUUAUUGCAGUAUACCCAGUAUAUAAACUUAAAAUAAAGCUGAGAUACAGUGAUAAAAAAAAGUCAAAUAGGAUUAUUUACUAUGGUGAGAAUCGUUUGGAAUUCAAAGUGAAAUUCAAAUUUAAGGCCAAGUCAAGCGGGAAGAGUAGCUGAUUUGGUCAAAAUUAUCGUUCAGCUAUCUUGGAAUUCCUGGCAAUUCUCACUUUCGUAAAUAACCCUAAAAGUCUGAAAUAUAAAUAAAUGUUUUAUUAUUGUGUUUUUAUUAAAAGGUCUCUCUAGUCACUAUAUCAGAAUUUUCUAGAUGUAGCUAUGGUGUUACGAUCUAGUUCCUGCAGUCCUGGGUUUUACGCUUGUGAAUCUAUCUAGAAACCCUGCCAGUCAGUGAACCAGAAAUUGCAAUUCCUUAUUGCAUACAAACUCUUUGAUUCCUGGCACCAUAACCACUACAGCACACUGCAGUAAUUACGAUGCCCAUUUCAAGCUAGCUUAAAGCUGCAUGCUCUGUAGUGCUAUAUAAACACGUUUUCCCCUUUAAAUGAAGAGGCAUUUGUCAUUUUGUGGCCAGGAAUGAAAGUUUGUUUAAUUUUGUAUGUGUGUAUACUAUAACAAUAUUUGUAAUAUGUCACUUUAGCUUUGAAAAUCAGUAGUCGCUGUAUCUGUUUCCUAAUCCGUCCUCAGAUGAUUUUUAAAACCAGACACCUGAUGUAUUUCAAAUAUAUGUUAAAAUAAAUAUUUAUAGGAAUAAUGAUUGUAUAGUGGAAACUGUAAAAUCCAAGAUUACUGUAUUUACUUACGUGCCUAUUAUACAAUGAGUAGUGUAUGUAAAUAUAUUGAUACACUUAUAAGAUCCUUACUGGAAUAGAAGUCCAGCUGCUCUCUCUUUACAGACCCAUAUUUGCACGGAUCUUUGUGUUUCAACUCUAAAUUCUGUUCACAUAAUUUAGGAUCGACUGAAAAGUCGUUUCUUUUCCUUUCUAUAUACAAUGCUCCGAGGAAGCCCCAAUUGUCUUUUUAAAAACAAAGCAUAAAUCAAGGAGAUUUAAGUGUUUACUGUUUUUAGCGACCAGCAACUGCACCACCAAGUAGGCUUAACUUGUUCUUGUGCAAGAACACAUGGUGAUUUUCUUGUAUUUAUUUCUCUGCUGUUUAAUACUGGGACUGAAUGUAACAUCUCAUAAACCACUCAUUAUACAGAUUAUCGAAUCAAAAGCACAUCUCCAGUUAUGGGAAUAUUUUUAGACUUGCAAGCUAGAGCCACGAGUGAGGCUGUUUUUUCCACCGGAGGCGUGCCUCCGUUUGGACAAUAGAAUGUUUGUGACUGAGUAAAAGGGUUAAAAGAUUGGAGGGCGAAGUAUGUAGCAUGACCUCGCUUUCAAUUGGCUCGGUAAUUAGAAUUUUAUUGUUGCGUAGCAAGGGAAAUACAGAGACAUUUAAGAAGGACUCAGAAAAAAAAGCUAUGGUAUGUCUGCUUCUAAGCCUGGCUUCUCAAUGUCUUAUCAAGAUUAGACCUCCAGUGUAGAACGUUUGUUUAGCAAUAUAGAUACAUCUCAAUUAUGAUCCAAAAUUCCACACGUACCAUUUAUUGCACAUGCCGCUUCACUCAGAUUACCGGAUUAUUUAGAAGACACUGGGUUCUGGCCACAUUUUUUUUUUUUUUGAAGAAUACAUAUUUAACCAUAAAUUGACUGAAUUAUCUUUUCUCUCCUAGUACUGCUUCAAGUGCAAAGAGAACAUGAGAGAAGGUGACCCCGCGGUUUACGCAGAGCGGGCUGGGUACGACAAACUUUGGCAUCCUUCGUGCUUUGUCUGCUUCGUCUGCAGCGAACUUCUAGUUGACAUGAUCUAUUUUUGGAAAAACGGGAAACUCUAUUGUGGCAGACAUUACUGUGAUAGCGAAAAGCCGCGGUGUGGCGGUUGCGAUGAGGUAAAUUAAAAUAUCUGGAUAUUUCUAAGUAUCUGUGAAAUUGCAUUUUAUAUAUAUAUACAUAUAUAUAUAUUUUUAUUUUACUUUUUAUUUUUUUUUGUAGCAAUGAUAAAGAUGCUAAUUUAAUAGCUUUAUUUAGUUAUCACACAAAAUUUAUAGUGUUAAAGUUUUUGGAAAUUCUCUAUUAUCAACUUGCCUGGUCAGCCGAGUGAGCUCUAUGAAGUCCUUGCUUAUUUGAGUUGAAGGUGCACAAAGCAUGAAACCCAUAGAGCUCAACCUCUAGAUUCUUAUUGGAGGAAGUGCCCAGCUUACACCCCCUUUUUGAUGACCUCACAUACACUGUUCUCAUUGCCGUUGGUGUAGGUUCUCUUGGAUUGCCAAAUCCUGUAGCCUGUGUAGUUCUGCAUCAGCUGUUCUAUUUAAUAGCCCAGAUGGAGAGAGCCUUCUGCAGAGCUGAACAACCAAAUUCACAACAAAUAUAAAACAAUGCAAAGAAAAAAAGUAUAUUAGCUGUGAGAACAGAGUGUACAAAAAAAGUUUCAGAAAACUGUAAAAUUGUAUUGCUGAACAUAAUUCAAUUUUACUGUCGGGAUUUUUUUUUUUUUUCUCUUUUUGAAACGUAGAUUGUAUAAUUCAAGAGAACAUAGCAACAUAGAAAUGUUUAAAAUCCAUAAGAUUAGAAAAAUAAGGUGUUAAUUUUAGUGUAAAUGUAUAGCUUGAUCGCUAUAAAUACAAAAAAUAUUUUCUCUGUGCUUAUAUAACCAUGCAACAGCACCCAUAGCAGUGGUACAUUUAUUGCAGAACAAGUUUAAGAACUCUUCCUUACCUCAGUUUAUACAUGGUUUGCAGCAUGCAGUGACAUGGACUGUACAGAGAUCCUUGUGUGAAAUGUAUUGCAUCAAACCACAAUCCGUAAAAGAAAAGGGUGUAUACUCGCCCUCAUUCAGUGAGUUGCAUUAUUUCCUGUACACAACAGCUUCCUUUUUACCAUGAUACAGCCUUUGCACAUAGAUCUGUUUUGAAGAUAAUUUAAAUGUACACAUUGUUUGACAGGUUUAUCAGAAGUUCAAAUCGUGUAUUGCCUGCAGGAAUUCUCACAAUUAACCCAAAAAUGUCCCUUUCACGUCAGUGCAGAAAGACCACACAAUUGCCUGUAAGAAAGCAAAAAGCCUUUUUUAUGCUCAAAUUCUUCAGUUGCUGAGUUACAUGUUGUUUGUAGAGCUUCUCCUACGAACAUCUUUUGUUAUUGUGUUGGAGGUCUGGGUUUUGAUGAAUUUUGGAUUUGGGUCAAAUUGAACUUCUGUUGGAGAGUUAACAUGUAAUGUGCUCUAAAUUAGCAUCUUAAUUUCAUUGCAAUGUGCCACGUCAUUUAAUUAGCUGUGGUUUUGGUUUGGGGUUUCAGUUUUUCCACAUUUUAACCAAUUUUAGUUUAAAUGUUGUUUUGUAUAUAUUCCAAAAUGAAAAGAGAAAAAUCUCUUUAAAACUUACUUUUGCUUCAGCACGGGGUCAGUCUGGUGGAGCAGCAGAACAGCCACUCUGCCUCCAAUGCAGUCCUCACCCUUAAUGACUUUUCUCAAUGUGUAUCUCGUAUAGAAGGUUUGGGAUGUGUAGCGACCACUGCGCUCCACCAUUUGCUUCUCAUCGCAUUCAGUACUUCUUUGGGAGAAGCAUUAACCCCAUUCCUUGUUGUCAUGCUGUUUAUUAUGAUUCUGAACAUAGAGACCUUUGACUUUUAGAUGGUCUUAAAGAGAAAAUGCUUGUAGUGACGGUCAGCCUGACAACCACUAGCAGUAUGUUCUCAUACAACGUAAGCGUUGCUGUUGCUCAUAACUGAUGAUGUUUACAUUUGUGAGAGAAAAUGGACAAUGUCUGUCUCCAGACCAGUCCCUCUUUAAAGCAACAAACGUAUUUUGGGUUUUUAGACUACAUAACACUAUUUUUAAUCCACAUGAUGUACACGUGUCACCAUUCCUUUGCAGUACUUUUAACGUCAUUCACCAUAUGACAUCAAGAUUUUCAGGGUCGUUUUUUUUUUCCCCAGGCAAUUGAUGUAUAUCAAUUAAUUAAAAAAAUAAAUAUUCAACAGGACAUGACAUUGAAUGAAUCAAGAGUGGUACCACACUGACCCCUGGUGGUGUAAAAAAGUACUUGUAUCUUUUUCUUAAACUUCACAACAAGCUCACUACACAGUAUUGGAAAUCUAAAUGUAUUUUUUUUCCCUGCAGCUUAUUUUCAGCAAUGAGUACACUCAAGCAGAAGGUCAGAACUGGCAUCUGAAACAUUUUUGUUGCUUCGACUGCGACUGUGUCCUAGCAGGGGAAAUCUACGUAAUGGUGAAUGAUAAACCAGUCUGUAAGCCGUGCUAUGUGAAGAACCACGCUUCGGUAAGCACAUCAACGUAAUGAAAUCCCAUUGUUGCGAUAAAUGGGGGAAAAAAAUUCUGUAAAUGAAAUGGACUUGUUAAGCUUUAGAAGAUGUUAAUUUAUUGUAAAAUGAAAUGAUCAAGGUAAAGAAUGGAAGAUUUAGUUAAUAGUCUGACCAGAGUGGUGGUUUUUUUUUUUUUUUUUCAUUGCAGUGGAUAAUAAAAAAAAAAAAAAGUCAAAUUAUUUUUACUACAAAAACAUGUAUUUUAUUCUCCCUCCUUGGCAUGCAUACUGAUGCAGCAGUAUAUUAUGAAUUGUUUUUAAAGGAACACAAUAGGCACCCAUAUCCUUUCAUCUCAUUGAAGUGGCCUGGGUGCAGUGUUCCUGUCCCAUUUAGUUCUGCAGAGCAAAUCAUUGCAGUCUAGUGAAAAGACCAAGACUGCUUCUAGUGGCUGUCAAUCAGACAGCCACUAGAGGCCCUUCCUGGUGGCUAACUGACACUGGAGUCCAUUGAGGCAAUGCUUUCCUAUGGGGAGGGUAUGAUUAGCCGAAGACACUUGCAAUACUCGUUGGGCAUGUGCAUUAGCCCCCAUGUUGGUAAAGGGGGGGGGGGGGAACCAGAGGGCUCUAGGCUCUACAUAUUUGUAUUCCGAACACUAUAGAUUCAGUUUAAGGGAAAAGCAAGGAUUAAAGGGAUUAAAAUGGAAUGGUCUUUUACAGAUCAUAUCCACGGAUUUCCUUCCAGAACAUAGUUUCAAGCAUGCAAUCGUUACGAUACCAAAUUUCUGAGAUCCAAUUCUAAUACAGUUUUAGCUACUCUGAAAAGCAGAGUUUGUAAAUGUGCAGCCACUCCUAAUAAAAUUCCUCUCAUGACUUCCAAUCAAAGAAAGCAUAACCCACAGAUGUCAUUGCUUUAAGAUCUCUGCAUUUUCUCUUUCCGAGAUUCGGAUUAUACCUGUGGUUUAACAUUGUGAAUAGUAAAAAUAUCUUUGCUCUGUUCACUUCCACUGCUCUGUCACAACUCAAAACUGCUUUUUCUGCCCCUGAUCUUUGAAACUUACCUAACAGUUUCCAGACUUGAACUCCCAUGAAAUCUCAAAAGCAAAUUGAAAUGUGUCAUGGCAAUAAAACAGAAUCUUGAAUAACGAUUUAAGCUGCCCUUCCUUCUCAUAUUUUCUGAUUUUUGUUUCUGUGAGUUGACCAUUUCCAAAAUAGUCUGUAUGCACACAUGACAGGCAUCUGUAAUACCUGUACACCCCUUCUGCCAUGGUCUGUGUACCAUAGCUCCCGUGUUAAGAUUGUAACUGUAAAUAACGUAGUACAACUAGGUGGGGGUAAUAAUUGACAACAGGACCGAGUAUCAGCAUAAUAUGACACAUGAUCCAAGAUGUUCUGGUGGCACCAGUCACUUAAGGGAAAUAGAGCCAAGCUCUAAUAUAGGUGCACACAAUCAAGGUAAAUCUGUACAGUCCCUUUAUCACUCGGGUGGUGUUUCUUAUGUCAACUUUCACUGCCAACUCUGUGUGCAGAAAAGUCAAAUAACCAUAAACUGAUUUAUUAACUAAUAAAAAAAAAAAAAACCACACAAAUGGUAUAAAAUAACUAAAAUAGACACAGGCAAGGAUGGAAUCGCAAAACAACACUAAAUAUAAAGUUCGUACAAAGGUGUCAGGUCCUCGUGGCUAAUUUGUGUAGGCCACGCCACCUCCUUCCUCUGUAGUCACUGUGCAAUCGAGACAUGUUUCGAGACAUGUUUCACAAAGAGUUCUUCCUCUGGUCAAUGCUCAGAUUUUUUUUUUUAUUUUAUAAAUCAAAUUGUAAGUGACUCGUUAUUUCGGUAUAGUUAACAUUUUAAAAAAGAUUAGUGCAGGUGAGUUGAACAAGGGGGCUGUUAUCCUAGUUUUGUAUCAUAGUUUUCUACAUUCAAACGCUUCCCCACAGUUCGUGAUAUUAAUUUUUUUUUGGUUCAACCUAAUGACUUGCAAGUUGUAUGAGCGACUUUACCACAUGGCUUAACUACAAAAUAUUACCUGGAGCACUGUUUAGCAGGUAAGCCGUGCAGUGCUUUCGGUUCCCAUUUGAACUCUUUGUACAUCUGUUUGGAGGGGAAAAUAUUGCAUAGAGUCAAAUUACAGCUGGACCCUUUUCGUGUCUUAACUAAACUCUUCUUAAGCAGCCCCCAAGGGCAAACUAUGGUAAAAAGGAACAUUUCAGUGUGUAGUGUUGUUGUUUUUUUUUUUUUUUUGAAUCAGAGCUUCCCCUUUUUUCUACUUUAAAAAAAAAAUAAACAUUAAGCUUAUUUUUAUUCCAUACCUUUCGUUCAUAGCUCUUGUUUGAAAACCCUCACAUCGAGUUCGAAGGAUUAAAGUAAAAUUUAUAUAUAUUUUUUUUUCUUUUUAUGCAUAUACAUAUUUGUUGCAAAAAUAUGCAUUCACUAACAUAAACACAAAUAUUUCCUAAUCCAUAAAAACUACCUACAGAACUGGCCUCUACAGGUGGACAUCCACCUCUCUUUUCUGUUUUCAGGGAAUAAUCCACUUUGUGUAUAUUUAGCAUUUCAAUGGUAUUAUGGCAGUUGCAGUUCCAAAAUAUUUGUAAUAAGUGUUGAUCUAUAUACUAAUGUACACCAUUACAAUUGUUUUCUAAAAGAUUAUUCUCAACACAAAGAACACCGAUGAAUGAAAUAAUGUAGAAUUUGAUCCAUUUUGUUCUGAUUAAUUAUGGAAUCUGUUCUUCCUUUAGUCAUGCCAAGGCUGUCACAAUGCCAUCGACCCAGAAGUCCAGCGUGUGAGUUACAAUGGCUUCCAUUGGCAUGCCACUGAAGAGUGCUUCCUAUGCUCCUGCUGCAGCAAGUGUCUGAUUGGACAGAAAUUCAUGCCGAUUGAAGGAAUGGUCUUCUGCUCUGUGGAGUGCAAGAAAAAAAUGACGUCGUAGAAAAUCUCUAUUUCAUUUUGGGUUUUUUUCUGGAAUGGAUAAAUAGAACUAUAAAAUUUCUUUAUUUUUGCUUUUUUUUUAUUUUAUUUUUUUAUUCAAAACGAUAAGAUUAAUCUCAAUGUCCUUUUUAGAAUUUUUUUUUUUUUUUUAUCAGUUUCUAUUGGUAUCUAAACGAAAACUACUGCCCAAUUAAUAUAAUCCGGAAAGUCCUUGAUUUCUGAACAUUGCCUGCAAUAAUCUGUUAAAUAAAUGCAUACCUUUUCUUUGCAUUAUAUAAGGCUUAUUACCAAUACACAUUCUGUUUGUAAUGAAUGCAGUGAAGUGUAAUCUCUGUCUCUGUAUCUGCAAUCACGUAAUGGGAUGCCUACAUACCUGCUCCAGUUAAGUCACUUGUUUUACCAACUCCAGGAUAUGGGGUUGCACCAUUCUGAAAUGCAUUUCCUUGGAUAUUUUUAUAACACAGCCUUUAUUUGCACAGUGUAUACCAGCUGCUGCAAUGCAAAUUGAUUACAAUUGUGCUUUACCUUGCUGUUGGUUCACUCAUUUUCAAUAAUAUUAAUAAUAAAAUAAAACUUCUAAUAAAAUAACAGUUGAUCCGCUCUGGCUUUCGCGUUACUUGCUGUCUUUAUUUUGCAAUGAUCCUG